CUUCUCUAGUUCAAAUGGAGCAGUCCUUUCUUUUGGUUUUACAAGUAGUCUUAUGGCCCACUCUUGCAGGUAUGUUAUUGAGGUUUUUAAGUACACAAUGCAAUACAAUAGAGACUCAGGGCCACAUUUAAAAGUUUGUUUGUUUAAUUCAUAGACCCCCCCCCCCCCCCCCCCCACGUCUCUCUUUCUCUCUCUCCACACAGCCUUGUUCACAGUGGAGGUGGACAGUCCAUCCCACGUGGCAGAGUUCCGCAGUGAUGUCACCAUGGGUUGCAGGUUCCAACCUGGGGGCCGGGGCCCAAACCUGUCAGUGAUAUGGCAUCGCAUCUGGCCUCCUCCAGUUGUGGAGGUGUACAGGUUGGAGAACAGACAGGAAGACCUCACUUCCCAGAAUCCCCAGUACCGUGGCAGGGUGCGACUGGUGACGGAGGAGAUUACCAAUGGGUGGGCCAAGCUAGAGGUGUCCAUGCUGAGGAUCAAUGACUCUGGGACCUACCAAUGCCUUGUGGAAAUGGUGGGAGCUGAUUACAAACAGACCACUUUGACUGUCAAAGGUUAGCCAUGAAUCUGUCAGUGUAACAGAACAUUACUCUAGGCUAAUUCUAAUUUCCAGUCAUUCAGUAUUGAGUAAUAAACUUGAAUUGUUUAAAAUAAUUGUGGUAACACUUUACAUUAAGUUGCUCGUAAACCUAAGUAGUAACGCUGUAAUUACACUUUAUAUUAUCAUGUUGUUACAUAGUAACGUUUUUACAUUCAUCCAUCUUUUAGCCGCCUAUAAAACUAUCGUUAAAAGCAUGAAGAGACGUAGGGGAGAUGAGGUAGAGCUGAUCUGUGAGUCUGAGGGCUAUCCUCUGGCCACUAUGACCUGGAGAGACAGGAGUCUCAGGAACAUCAAGUCCAACGACACCACUAUUAGAACUCCAGACCAGCUUUUCCAAGUCACCAGCAAGAUAACAGUGAAAUCAUCUGACAAAAACAACUAUACCUGUGCCUUGGUGGAGGAAGGUGACGUUCCAAAGGGUCCAUCAGCCAGGUUUGACAUCCCAGGUAUGAAGUGAAUUUCUAUGUUUGAUAACAGGGUACCUCAAUAAGGACUUCAUAACACAUUCAUAACUCAUACAUAACACAUUAAUAAGCUGUUUAUGCACUGCUUAUAAAUGUGUUAUGAAGUCCUUGUGUAGGUACCCUCCAAAUACAAUGUUACCCCUGUUUUUAUUUUUACUUGCAAAGUCUGGCCUCACACCUCUUGCUUGACACUGAUACCCCACAAAUGAGAUUCUGUGACAUUGUACUGACUGCACAAGGUAAUGGAAACUAGGAGGUUAUAGUGAGGCCUACACUAUUUUUACAUUGAGUGUGUAGAUGUGUUGUUGAUAAAAAGGUGCUAUAAACGGGUGCUUUCCUCAAUGAUCAUGGUGUCAAAACGUAGGUAUCUGUAAUAUCUUCCCUUCCAUUCAACAAAACACAUUGUAGGAGUUAUAAGUCAAUGUGGGAGAAAAAGGGCGUUGAAGAUGGUUAUAGAGAUAGUGGAGAUAUAGUGCAUCUUUCCAUGAAAACCAAAUAUAAUCAAUUUCCCCGACCCGUCUGAACUACUGGCGGUCACUGUUGGUUAUGAUUUGGGGAAGUUCGCACCAGCGUAUCUUGUGUAAUAUCGGGUUAUUUCCAAAAUGCUUGUUUUUGUUUUGAACUUCAAACUAAGAACAUAGGCAACAUUCUUGUGAUGUAUUAUGUGUUACAUAUACUAUAUAUAUUCCAUGAUGCAAAAUAACAUUGUUUGCCUCUCCUCAAUAUUUUUUCUUCACAGAUGAAACAGACCUACCAGCAAUUAAUAGUAAAUGUAACACCCUUUCUAUUGCAUUGGGCACAUCACUGACAGUGGCCAUGAUCAUUGCUGCUGCCAUCUUUGGUUAUCGCAGAUGGAGAGGUAACUUUUCUGCUGCUCUUACUUGAUUUGCACACAUUUUUGUCUCAGGUUUACAACAAGGAGUUUCCACUGUUUCUUGUAUGCUGAGAUAGAGACCAGAUGAUGUACUGUAAUCUCUAAAGGUGUAGAUAUGCUGUUGAGACCAGAAUAAUCAAUGAGAUGGUGUUUUUCUGACUCAUGAUCUCGUGGCAAUGACUUAGCAUGUGAGAACAUGAGUGUUCACUUUCUAAACUUAUCUGAACUGCUACCUGUGAAAACACCCCCACAGACACGAUUUCUGCUUUUGUGUCAGGGGGAUUUUACAUGUUGUAAAAUCAUGUGGGUGGUUACUCAAUAUAGAACUAGUCAUUCCUUAUGUUUAGAAUAGUCUCCUAUCAUUCUUUUGGUUACAUUUCUAUGGUAUUGCAUAGUAUUUUGAGAAGUCUGCGUGUUCAAACGAAUUAGAAAGAGGAAUGUCCCAAACUGCCUUUGACAGUAAAUACUAGACAGUGACAAAUGCAGUUACUACUUAGUAAGUAAAAACCUUAGUAGGUACAGAAAAAUAGCUCUUGUGAAUCCUUACCACCAACAACACCAGGGGGGAGCAAUCGUCUGGCAACGAAACAGUUCAUUCAGCCUCAUUUACUGACUUUUUAAAACCAUGGCUGACUUGCUUAAACAAAUGUGGUGUCUACUGACUCCUUGUAGAUUUGUGGAAGUUGAUAAGAACCUCAUUGUCCUUCAAUAAUAACAUUUGACAGUAAAUACUAGACAGUGACAAAUGCAGUUACUACUUAGUAAGUAAAAACCUUAGUAGGUACAGCAAAAUAGCUCUUGCAACAUGGAAUGGAACAGAAUAUAAACUAUUGUAAACUAUACCUUGCUUUAACUUUCUGCUCACAGGGAGUCCCAGAUAUCCCAGCACCCCAAGCACUAACACCCUCCUAGGCUCAGCAGAGACGGGACCUGGACUCCUUUGGUGUCCAGCAGCUUCAACUGGCCCUGGUGAUGAACUGUUAGAGGGUCACACAGGUGACCUGCUCUAGGAGGUAAUAGAGAAGGAACAUGUCAGGACUGUGCUGAAGCUCCUCACUGAGACUGAGACAGUAAACUAUGUGCAAAGGACUGAGAACACAAUAGACUCAUGCACACACGUACACUCACAUUGACUCUGUCAGAUAAGGUUUAAUCAUGUUACAUUUGCUGGUACCUCAAUAAAAUGUUUUACGUUUUAAUAUUAACAACACAUUUCACAAUUGUUUUGAUAACAACAAACCGCUGAUAAUGUGCUUAAACCCAGUGUUGAUUUUCGCAUGUAAAUCUGGGUGGGGCAAACUCCCCCAGAAAUUGUUAUGCAUGCCAGCAAAGCCACUACAAAACACAACAGUAAUACAUUAAUUGCACUAUAACGGUGACAAACGGUGCCCACAAACUGAAGGGCCUACAUAAAGCUGUCCCAACAGCGGAGCUUUCCUUUCAUCACAAUGGAGUGAAUCCUUACCACCAACUACACCAGGGGGGAGCCUCGUCUGGCAAUGAAACAGUUCAUUCAGCCUCAUUUACUGACUUUUUAAAACCAUAGCUGAUAUAUGGCUGACUUGCUUAAACAAAUGUGAUUUCUACUGACUCCUUGUGGAUUUGUGUAAGUUGAUAAGAACCUCAUUGUCCUUCAAUAAUAACGAACGCCAACAUGAGUUUUGAAUUCAUCAUGUUUAUUCUUAUAUCAUUAACACUAAGCUCUAACUAUAAGUAAGUGCAAGCAAACGAGCUACGAAGAGGUAGGCUUAUUAGUUCAGCACUUUCAAAAUGGACACCGACAGAAAUUCAGAUAGAGAAACGCGGCUAGCCUACCAUUUAAAGUAUUUUAUUAGGCCUCUGUGGUCUAAAAAGGAAGGAAAAUACAAUCAUGAGGAUCCACUUUUAUAGACAAUAUACUUACGCACAGACAGCGCAUUGCGCAAAAAAAACAACCCUCACAAUAUCAACGGAAAUUACAUGGGUCUAUUACUGAACUUUUUGUUGAAAACAAAUAUUUGAAUGGGAAGAGACUGUCCCUGGCAAACAUGGUUACAGACCCAACAACAUAUUAUAUAGUAUCCCCUCCUCAUGAAGAAAAGCACAUGAGCUAAUUUAUGCAGCAGCAUACAAGACAUUUUUGGACUCACCGUUGUUGUGCUGUGCUCACUUGAACAGGAAGGUGGCGCGUUGGUCCUUGUGGGCAAAUUUUGUCAUCAAAGGUGCUUUCAAGACAACUGGGAACUCAAGGUGGAAUCAUGACGUCAGUGAUCUUCAGGUCGGAACUCUAGAAAGAGGCCUGAAUUCCCGGCUUGGAAUUCCAAGUUGGAUAACCGUUCAAAACGUAUUUUCCCAGUCGGAGCUUGUUUUUUUCAGAGUUCCCAGUUGUCUUGAACUCACUGAAGUCUGAGAUUUCCCAGUUCCGAGUUUCCAGUUGUUUUGAACGAGGCAGAAGUCAUGCUGGAUUGACAGCAUGGCCAAUGUAUUCAACCUUUUCUGGCCCAUGGUGUUGCGAGUGAAUGUUUAUCCUUUUAAGCUUGGAAAAGACACAAUUUCUGACAGUUGUUUUAAAUCCUUAAACCCAGACUUGGACCAUACACCCUGUCCACCGAAUAGCAGGCAGGGGAAGUAAAAUAGUGAUUGCUUUGCAACGCUUGCAGUUAGCCACUGAUUCCUUCCAUACCACUCGUUGUUGAAUUUGUGAUUUCCAACUUGUAUAAUGUUUAUGUCCAAUGGCCAAUGAGUACCGAUACGUUUUAUCUAUAAUUUAUCUUCAUAUGACAAGGAUUGAAAAGGAUUUGCCAGUAGAUUGUUGAAUAAAUGCCUGGCAUAUCACAUAAGAGCUUGGUAGUCAGGAAGCCCGUAUGCCAGCAAUGUAACAAAUGGAUACAUGAGUCAUCAGAUCUACGGUAAUCUAAAAUACAUAUACAGUGGGGGAAAAAAGUAUUUAGUCAGCCACCAAUUGUGCAAGUUCUCCCACUUAAAAAGAUGAGAGAGGCCUGUAAUUUUCAUCAUAGGUACAUGUCAACUAUGACAGACAAAUUGAGAAAAAAAAAUCCAGAAAAUCAGAUUGUAGGAUUUUUAAUGAAUUUAUAUGCAGAUUAUGGUGGAAAAUAGGUAUUUGGUCACCUACAAACAAGCAAGAUUUCUGGCUCUCACAGACCUGUAACUUCUUCUUUAAGAGGCUCCUCUGUCCUCCACUCGUUACCUGUAUUAAUGGCACCUGUUUGAACUUGUUAUCAGUAUAAAAGACACCUGUCCACAACCUCAAACAGUCACACUCCAAACUCCACUAUGGCCAAGACCAAAGAGCUGUCAAAGGACACCAAAAACAAAAUUGUAGACCUGCACCAGGCUGGGAAGACUGAAUCUGCAAUAGGUAAGCAGCUUGGUUUGAAGAAAUCAACUGUGGGAGCAAUUAUUAGGAAAUGGAAGACAUACAAGACCACUGAUAAUCUCCCUCGAUCUGGGGCUCCGCGCAAGAUCUCACCCCGUGGGGUCAAAAUGAUCACAAGAACGGUGAGCAAAAAUCCCAGAACCACACGGGGGGACCUAGUGAAUGACCUGCAGAGAGCUGGGACCAAAGUAACAAAGCCUACCAUCAGUAACACACUUCGCCGCCAGGGACUCAAAUCCUGCAGUGCCAGACGUGUCCCCCUGCUUAAGCCAGUACAUGUCCAGGCCCGUCUGAAGUUUGCUAGAGUGCAUUUGGAUGAUCCAGAAGAGGAUUGGGAGAAUGUCAUAUGGUCAGAUGAAACCAAAAUAGAACUUUUUGGUAAAAACUCAACUCGUCGUGUUUGGAGGACAAAGAAUGCUGAGUUGCAUCCAAAGAACACCAUACCUACUGUGAAGCAUGGGGGUGGAAACAUCAUGCUUUGGGGCUGUUUUUCUGCAAAGGGACCAGGACGACUGAUCCGUGUAAAGGAAAGAAUGAAUGGGGCCAUGUAUUGUGAGAUUUUGAGUGAAAACCUCCUUCCAUCAGCAAGGGCAUUGAAGAUGAAACGUGGCUGGGUCUUUCAGCAUGACAAUGAUCCCAAACACACCGCCCGGGCAACGAAGGAGUGUCUUCGUAAGAAGCAUUUCAAGGUCCUGGGAGGGCCUGGGCCAGUCUCCAGAUCUCAACCCCAUAGAAAAUCUUUGGAGGGAGUUGAAAGUCCGUGUUGCCCAGCGACAGCCCCAAAACAUCACUGCUCUAGAGGAGAUCUGCAUGGAGGAAUGGGCCAAAAUACCAGCAACAGUGUGUGAAAACCUUGUGACUUACAGAAAACGUUUGACCUGUGUCAUUGCCAACAAAGGGUAUAUAACAAAGUAUUGAGAAACUUUUGUUAUUGACCAAAUACUUAUUUUCCACCAUAAUUUGCAAAUAAAUUAAUUAUAAAUCCUACAAUGUGAUUUUCUGGAAGAUUUUUUCUCAUUUUGUCUUUUGUCUGUCAUAGUUGACGUGUACCUAUGAUGAAAAUUACAGGCCUCUCUCAUCUUUUUAAGUGGGAGAACUUGCACAAUUGGUGGCUGACUAAAUACUUUUUUCCCCCACUGUAUGUAUGACCUAUUUUAUGUUUUGUACAAUCCAGGGGGAUUUCCUUGUUCCUGUUAUUGGCAUAGAUGUUGAGUUGAAUGGUGAAGGAAGUUUGUUGUUAAUAAUGUUCCUUAAGAGUCUAUUGAUGCACCCAUGUGUCAAUCUAAUGAACAUAAUAAAAAAAUCUUUGUCUCAAUCCACCGCAUCCGCCUAAGUCGGCCUUCCGCAUCUGCAGUGGAACGUGUCAGACCAGGAGACAUCCCCAAAAUAGGUCUUCUUACAAAAACGUCUGUAGCGUCCGAACUGUUUGGGCUACAAACCCCACUAUGGAAAGGGGAGACUCUCACGAACACAAUGGUGUUCUCCAUUUUGCACUACGUCAUGGGACUCAUCUGAAAGUAACCUGGUACCGUUUUUAAAAAAUGAAUGGAAGUAUGGAAGUAGUUUAAUGCCAACAAAAAAAGGGGUUAAAUGUUUCCAAAAAAUGUAAAUAUUUCCUGAGCUUUCAUAUAUUUCCAAGAUUUAGGACAAACACUUCAAAACAUUAUUCAUUAUGAUACAUUUUUUGACUGUCUGUUUUGCCAUUUAUGAAUGUGUUAUUCAAUGCAUUUCUAUGCUCUAUUGUAGUAAAGGCCAAAUUUCAAUAUUUUAUCCAAAAAUAUAUGUUUUGGGGGGAUACCUACAGGGGUCAAAUAGCUAAAUGAUCCUAAGUAGAGCACACUUUUUUUUAAUGAUGUAAUUUCUCAAUCAAAUUUUGUACUGACGGAUGUAGCCUAUUGGAUAUCAUUGUAGAAUAAGCCUAUCCUCCAAUUGCAAUGUUUUCCUAUGCCCACACAUAUUGUCAGAAGAUAAAUGUAUAUUUUUAAUACCCUCAAACACCAAGUUAGGCAUACCUAAAAAUAGGCCAUCAUCACCAUCAAUCGUGAAUUAUAUUUCUUCACAUUUUACUGGUGAAAUGUCCAAACUACAUGCCAAUAAUCUCAAUCAGUUUCUUGGUAGUCUUAAACAUAUCUACUUUGAAACAGGUAUACACCUCACACACAUGUUUAUGAGCUUAAAGAUAAGAAGACACCUGUACCAUGUCAGAUAUAGAGUUGAAAUGUAUUCAAUUUAGAGUUUGCAUCCCAAUAUUAUGCUUUAUAUACAGUGCAUUUGGAAAGUAUUCACACCACUUCCCUUUUUCCACAUUCUGUUACGUUACAGCCUUAUUCUAAAAUUGAUUAAAUAAAUAAAAAUCCUCAUCAAUCUACACACAAUACCCCAUAAUGACAAAGCAAAAACAGGUUCUUAGACAUUUUUGAAAAUGUAUUAAAAUAAAAAACACAUACCUUAUUUACAUAUGUAUUCAGACCCUUUGCUAUGAGACUCGAAAUUGAGCUCAGGUGCAUGCUGUUUCCAUUGAUCAUCCUUGAGAUGUUUCUACAACUUGAUUGGACAUGAUUUGGAAAGGCACUCACCUGUCUAUAUAAGGUCCCACAGUUGACAGCGCAUGUCAGAGCAAAAACCAAGCCAUGAGGUUGAAGCAAUUGUCUGUAGAGCUCCGAAACAGGAUUGUGCCAAAGCACAGAUCUGGGGAAGGGUACCAAAACAUUUCUGCAGCAUUGAAGGUCCCCAAGAACACAGUGGCCUCCAUCAUUCUUAAAUUGAAGAAGUUUGGAACCACCAAGAUGGUGGUCACUCUGACAGAGCUCCAGAGUUCCUCUGUGGAGAUGGGAAAACCUUCCAGAAGUACAACCAUCUCUGCAGCACUCCACCGAAUCAGGCCUUUAUAGUAGAGUGGCCAGACGGAAGCCACUCCUCAGUAAAAGGCACAUGAAAGCCUGCUUGGAGUUUGCCAAAAGGCACCUAAAGGACUCUCAGACCAUGAGAAACAAGAUUCUCUGGUCUUGUUGGAAGGUUCACCUUCCAACAAGACAACGACCCUAAGCACACAGUCAAGACAAUGCAGGAGUGGCUUCGGGACAAGUCUCUGAAUGUCCUUGAGUGGCCCAGACAGAGCCCGGAAUUGAACCCGAUCGAACAUCUCUGGAGAGACCUGAAAAUAGCUGUGCAGCGACGCUCCCCAUCCAACCUGACAGAGCUUGAGAGGAUCUGCAGAGAAGAAUGGGAGAAACUCCCCAAAUACAGGUGUGCCAAGCUUGUAGCGUCAUACCCAAGAAGACUUGAGGCUGUAAUCGCUGCCAAAGGUGCUUCAACAAAGUACUGAGUAAAGGGUCUGAAUACUUAUGUAAAUGUGAUAUUUCCUGUUUUUUGUUAAGUUUUUGCUUAGUCAUUGAGGGGGGAAAAAACUAUUUAAUCAAUUUUAAAAUAAGGCUGUAACGUAACAUAAUAUGGGGAAAAAAAUCAAGGGGUCUGAAUACUUGAGAAUGCACUGUACAUCACAGAAGACUGAAAUAUAACACAACCGUUUGACAUAGAAACACUGGAUUUCCGGCAGUUUCUUUAAUUUUUUUAUAAUAUUGAUUAAUUAUGAAAAAAAUGAAUAACAUUCCACCCAUGAGGCCACUAGAGGGCAAUUUGGUCAUUUGACUGCAGGAAAGGACUACAGCAUAUGGUGUUAAACUAUUAGCCUUUCUUUUAGGCCGAUUUUUGUUUCAAUCAAAACAUAGGCCUAUAUCCUGCCUAGUUGGGCACACUGUUGAGUUAAUUUUCCAGAAAUAUUUUUACCAUCUCCGUAUAUUCUCAAUUUGAAAAAAGUGAGGGAGCGUCGCUCCUCCGCGCUACGGCAACACUACAUCCCUAGUAAAUAUUUACCAUGACUGGCAGAAUACCAACUAUUUGCCCUUUAUCAACAUAAAGCCAAGUCAGCCCAGCCUCUUUAUAUUUACUGUGCACUGUGUGCAAUGACUUAGCAUGUGAGAACAUGAGUGUGCACUUUCUAAAUUUAUCUGAACUGCUACCUGUGAAAACACCCCCACAGACACGAUUUCUGCUUUUGUGCUCAUAAACCUAAGUAGUAACGCUGUAAUUACACUUUAUAUUAUCAUGUUGUUACAUAGUAACGUUUUUACAUUCAUCCAUCUUUUAGCUGCCUAUAAAACUAUCGUUAAAAGCAUGAAGAGACGUAGGGGAGAUGAGGUAGAGCUGAUCUGUGAGUCUGAGGGCUAUCCUCUGGCCACUAUGACCUGGAGAGACAGGAGUCUCAGGAACAUCAAGUCCAACGACACCACUAUUAGAACUCCAGACCAGCUUUUCCAAGUCACCAGCAAGAUAACAGUGAAAUCAUCUGACAAAAACAAUUAUACCUGUGCCUUGGUGGAGGAAGGUGAAGUUCCAAAGGGUCCAUCAGCCAGGUUUGACAUCCCAGGUAUGAAGUGAAUUUCUAUGUUUGAUAACAGGGUACCUCAAUAAGGACUUCUUAACACAUUCAUAACUCAUACAUAACACAUUAAUAAGCUGUUUAUGCACUGCUUAUAAAUGUGUUAUGAAGUCCUUGUGUAGGUACCCUCCAAAUAUAAUUACACAAAAAAAAUGUAUGCACGCAUGACUGUAAGUCGCUUUGGAUAAAAGCGUCUGCUAAAUGGCAUAUUAUUAUUAUUAUAUUAUUAUAAUGUUACCCCUGUUUUUAUUUUUACUUGCAAAGUCUGGCCUCACACCUCUUGCUUGACACUGAUACCCCACAAAUGAGAUUCUGUGACAUUGUACUGACUGCACAAGGUAAUGGAAACUAGGAGGUUAUAGUGAGGCCUACACUAUUUUUACAUUGAGUGUGUAGAUGUGUUGUUGAUAAAAAGGUGCUAUAAACGGGUGCUUUCCUCAAUGAUCAUGGUGUCAAAACGUAGGCGUCUGUAAUAUCUUCCCUUCCAUUCAACAAAACACAUUGUAGGAGUUAUAAGUCAAUGUGGGAGAAAAAGGGCGUUGAAGAUGGUUAUAGAGAUAGCGGAGAUAUAGUGCAUCUUUCCAUGAAAACCAAAUAUAAUCAAUUUCCCCGACCCGUCUGAACUACUGGCGGUCACUGUUGGUUAUGAUUUGGGGAAGUUCGCACCAGCGUAUCUUGUGUAAUAUCGGGUUAUUUCCAAAAUGCUUGUUUUUGUUUUGAACUUCAAACUAAGAACAUAGGCAACAUUCUUGUGAUGUAUUAUGUGUUACAUAUACUAUAUAUAUUCCAUGAUGCAAAAUAACAUUGUUUGCCUCUCCUCAAUAUUUUUUCUUCACAGAUGAAACAGACCUACCAGCAAUUAAUAGUAAAUGUAACACCCUUUCUAUUGCAUUGGGCACAUCACUGACAGUGGCCAUGAUCAUUGCUGCUGCCAUCUUUGGUUAUCGCAGAUGGAGA